AUGCUCACUCUCCAUGCUUCAGUUACCUCCUUUCAAAAUGCAGAAGACAAUACCUUCCGUUAUGAAUAUAAAGUGCUUGGUACAGCCUGCUUCAUAGAGUUAAGCAGAUGUUCGCACCCAUCUACAAGCAAGAAGAGCACGGCAGCCUUCCCCUCCAGCAGCUCGCUCGUGGCCACCCAUGACUACUACCAGCGCCACCUGGGUUCCACUCCCAGUGACAGCUCCUCUGCCAGUGCCAAGUACCCUGGGGAAGCCACUUUCUACCACUCGGGUCUCCCCAAGGCUCACCUGGCUCAUCAGUGGGCGAGCUUCUUUUCCGGGAAGUUCACUCUCUGGUUCAUGGCCACCGUGUUGGAGUCCCCAGAGCACCUGGAAUCUCCCCAGGCCUCCAGCGGCACCAGGACCUGUCACCUGGCUCAGGAAGCCACAAGAAAGCAGCCUGGUGGCCAGUCCUGCAAAGCCAACCUGGGGCCCCAUCCUGAGUGA